AUGCGGUGUGUGCGCGGGGCCCCUCUGCUGCUGCCUCUGCUGCCCCUGCUGCCUCUGCUCCUCCUGCUGCUGCUGCUGCUGAGGAUCCACUUUGUUUUGGUUCUGGCGCAGAGCCACGUAGAGCGCCCUGACUCCAGCGCGUUCCAGCCUCCCUCUGCAGAACAAGGUCAGACUGUGGUGCACCCGUUCAAGUCCAGCGCAGACGGAGCCUUCCUCUCGCACUCGCUGUCCCAUCACUCAGGACUCAGACCCAGACCCAGACUCAGGCGGGACCUCGGACCUCAAGCAGAAGAGGAGCGGAUUUACUACACCAUCCAGUACAACGACCAGUCCCUGUUCUUCAACCUGAGCUCCAACUCUGAGCUGCUGUCUCCGGACUUCACUGUGGAGUGGAGGAACAGCAGCAGCAGCAGAGGCACAGAGCAGAGGUCAGCGGGGCAGACCUGUCACCAUGUGGGCUCCGUGACCAGGACCAGGACCAGGGGGACAACCAGGACCAGGAGUAGGGGCACGGCCGCCAUCAGCAGCUGUGAUGGGCUGAGAGGCUUCUUCUCCCUACCUGGUGGAUACUUCUUCAUCGAGCCGGUGCAGAGGUCCUUGGAUGGUUCAGCUGGAGGUCCAGAGCCUCACGUGAUCUACCCCCAAACCACUGCUCCCUCCAGCAGCAGGAAGAGGAGAGGAGCUGGGGACUCACAUGGUCCCUGUGGGGUUCAUGACAGUGCAGAGGACUGUGAUUUGGUGGAGCAGGAGAGAGACCAGUGGGAGAGCCUGGAGCAGAGACCCUCUAAGUCCCGGCAGCAGCGCUCGGUCAGCAGAGAGCGCUGGGUGGAGACAAUGGUUGUGGCCGACUCCAAACUCAUCGAGUAUCACGGCAGCGACAACGUGGAGUCGUACAUAUUCACCAUUAUGAACAUGGUGGCCGGUAUAUUUCAUGACGCCAGUAUUGGAAAUGCAGUCCACGUCAUUUUGGUUCGACUCAUUCUGCUCCAAGGGGAAGAGAAGGGGUUGAAGAUCGUUCACAACGCAGACACCACGUUGGCGAGUUUCUGUGCCUGGCAGAAGAACUUGAACCCUCAGAGCGACACGCACCCGGCGCAUCACGACCUGGCCGUGCUGGUCACGCGAAAGGACAUCUGUGCUGGACUGAACCAGCCGUGUGAGACCCUGGGACUCUCGCAUCUGUCUGGAAUGUGUCAGCCUCAUCGCAGCUGCAACAUCAACGAGGACUCUGGGCUCCCGGUCGCCUUCACCAUCGCCCACGAGAUGGGACACAGUUUUGGGAUCCACCAUGACGGCCAGGGCAACGACUGUGAGGUGGAUGGGAGACACCCGUUCAUCAUGUCCCGACAGCUGAUGUACGACAGCUCGCCCCUCACCUGGUCGUCCUGCUCCAAGGAAUACAUCACCCGCUUCCUGGAUCGUGGCUGGGGGUUCUGUCUGGAUGAUCGACCCUCGAAGAAGGAGCUGGCGACUCCUUUGGCCAAUCUGGGCGUCCGCUACACCACACAGCACCAGUGUCAGCUGCAGUACGGACCCAACGCCACCUUCUGCGCCGAAGUGGACAAUGUGUGUCAGAUCCUGUGGUGCUCUGUGAACGGCUCGUGUCGAUCCAAACUGGACUCUCCCAUCGACGGAACUCGCUGUGGUCCUGGAAAGUGGUGCAUCUCGGGGGAGUGUGUGAUCGUGGGGAAGCUGCCCGAGACGGUGAACGGAGGCUGGGGCCCGUGGAGCGGCUGGUCCUUCUGCUCCAGGACCUGUGGCACCGGGGUCCAGGCCGCAGACCGAGAGUGCAACAACCCCAAGCCUGAGUUUGGAGGCAAAUACUGCACCGGGGAAAGGAGACGGUAUCGAACCUGCAACACCAGACCGUGUGCCAACGAGCAGCCCACCUUCAGAGAGAUGCAGUGCUCAGAGUUCAACACCGUGCCCUACCACAACGAGCUUUACCAGUGGAUCCCCGUCACCAAACACGUGAAUCCCUGUGAGCUGCACUGUCGUCCUGUGAAUGAGUUUUUCUCAGAGAAGAUGUUGGAGAGUGUGACGGACGGGACGCCCUGCUUCAUGAACAAGUCCCGGAACAUCUGCGUCAAUGGCGUCUGCAAGGAGGUGGGCUGUGACUUCGGGAUCGACUCUAACGCUGUAGAAGAUCGCUGUGGCGUGUGUUUAGGAGACGGCUCCAGCUGUGAGACCGUCUACAAACACUUUGAUGAAGGAGACGGCUUCGGCUACAUAAACGUGGGGGUGAUUCCCGUGGGAGCGCGGGACGUCCUGGUGACGGAGGUGGAGGAGGCGGGGAACUUCCUGGCGCUGAAGAGCCACGACUCGGACCAGUACUUCCUCAACGGGAACUACAUCAUCCAGUGGAACGGCGAGUACGAGGCGGGAGGCACCACCUUCUACUACGAGAGGAGCGCCAACAUGGAGAACCUCACGGCCCCGGGACCCACCACCGAACCGGUCGUUCUGCAGCUUCUGUACCAAGAAAACAACCCAGGGAUAAAGUACGAGUACAGCAUCAAGAAAACCAAACAGAGCGGGAAUGAGAUCACUGAUGUUCUCUACAUCUGGAGACACGGGGCCUGGACGCACUGCAGCGCCACCUGUGGGCUAGGUCAGCAGCAUCAGCCUGUGCGUUGUGUGGAGGUCGAUGUGGGAGUGGUGGACGACUCCAUGUGUAACCCCGAAACACAACCACAAGAUAAAUACCGAAAAUGCAAGAACAUGGACUGUCCCGCCAGGUGGUGGGUCGGCAGCUGGCAGCACUGCACCUCCACCUGUGGCGCUGACGGUGUGCGUUCGAGGACCGUGUUGUGCGUGCGGACGGUGUCUGGAGAAGAGACCGUGCUGCACCCCGUAGAGUGCAAACAUCUGCUCAAACCCAAACGCGUCCUCCCCUGCAACCGAGACGUGCUCUGUGGACAGGAGUGGGCGGCCGGCGAGUGGGAGGAGUGCCCGGUCACGUGCGGGGGAGGGGUCCGCUCUCGCACCGUUAUUUGCACUCUGGCCCCGAAGAAGCCCUGCGACCCGUCUGGAAAACCUCGCACCAGAUCGCUGUGUGGCCUCCAGAGCUGCCCCAACCCUGGCCUGCGCAGACGCCCCGGGCCCCCCCCACCCAAGUACCGCCGUCUCUACCCCCUGCCCCCCAAACGGCAACCCACCAAACCCCCAGACUUCUCCUCCACUUGGUUCCCGACGAGAACCACAUCCAAAGCUGGUCCAGAACCCACACAGACUCCCGGGUUUGAGUCUCCCACCACCGCAAACACAACAACAGCAAAGACAGAGUUACCAGACUUAGCCGAGUUCGAUUUGAUUCCGACUAAGAAUAACCCAAAAAGGAGAAAAAACGCAAAAGAAAAUUCUAAAAACGCAGUGCAAGAAGACGAGGAAGGGAGUGCGUCCAAUGUGGGGAUGUAUACGCCUGGUUAUGACUACAUUGUGGAGGAUAGACCAGAAGAGGAAAUUAUCGACUUGGAUCCGACCGUGAAGAUGGCAAAGCAGAAGAAAACGGCAAUAACGGUGAAAGGGAACGCCGGAACGUCGAAGAAGAAGACGCCGCAGCCCAAAGGGAGUCGAACCAAGAAGCAGAAUGUCUCCAGUAGUAACCUGGUGGCCAGAGAGACUGUGGUCAAGGACGUCAGCUGGGUGGUCGGAAACUGGAGUGAGUGCUCGACCUCCUGUGGCGUUGGGGCCAUGUGGAGGACUGUGGUCUGCAGCUCUCAGAACGACAACGACUGUUUGGUGACAGAGAGACCGGAGCCGGCGAGGACCUGUAACCUGCAGCCGUGUGCCGCCUGGGAGAGCGGAGGCUGGAGCAAGUGUCCAGAGGAUUGUGCUGUGGCGGCGCGCAGACACCGGGACGUCCUGUGUGUGGAUUCUCAGAGCGGGAAACCUCUGAGGCCUUUCCACUGUCAGGCUCAGUCCAAACCCAUCAGCUCUCUCUCCUGCCCCAGGAAGCCGUGUCUGCCCUGGACCACCUCCCCCUGGGCUCCGUGUUCGAGAAGCUGCGGUGACGGGGUUCGAGAUCGACUUGUUUUCUGUCCUGAACCGAAACGCUGCAGCGACGCCGUGAGACCGAGCAGCUCCUCGCCGUGCAACCUGCAAAUCUGCUCUCACUGGACACACUCCGACUGGAACCAGUGCUCAGUGAGUUGUGGUGCAGGAGAGCAGCAGCGUGACGUCACCUGCACAAACACAGAGGACGAGUCUGUGAUGGAGGACGAUCUUUGUCAAACUGCAACGAAACCCGUCUCUGUCAGAAAGUGCAACGACCACGAGUGUAAAGACAUCCUCGGCUCUAUCUGUAAGAAAAACACCAUGUCUUCUCGCUUCUGUGACAAACUAAAACUUCUGGGUCGCUGCUCUCUGCGCUCGGUCCAGAAACAGUGCUGUGUCACCUGCGGACCCUGA